ACGAAAUCCCAGUGGCAUUUUCCUUUGAUAUUCCCCAGGAGUGAUGAUGUAUAGCAUUCGCUCCUUUUCUAACUUUUCGACUGCUGCUGCUGCUACUACCUCACUACCAAUUCUUCAUCCGUUAUCCACCAAAUCAAGGAGAGUUCUUAGGAUGUCUGCAACAAUAGGAACACCAAACCCUAGAAUAUCCUUGGAACCUAUGGUAAUAAAGCCACCUUUUCAUCCUACUUAUGAUCUUAAAGCUGUUAUUAAACUUGCCCUUGAAGAAGAUGCUGGUGAUAUAGGAGAUGUCACUUGUCUGGCUACGAUUCCGGUCGAUAUGCAAGUGGAAGCUUACUUCUUGGCAAAGGAGGAUGGAAUUGUUGCUGGAAUUGCUCUUGCCGACAUGAUAUUCAAUGAGGUUGACCCUUCGUUGAAGGUUGAGUGGUAUCAGAAGGACGGAGACUAUAUUCGCAAAGGAUUGAAGUUUGGUAAAGUUUAUGGAUGUGCACACAAUAUUGUUGUAGCAGAAAGGGUUGUGCUCAAUUUUAUGCAGAGAAUGAGUGGAAUUGCUACACUAACCAAGGCAAUGGCAGAUGCUGCACACCCUACUUGCAUCUUAGAGACUAGAAAGACUGCUCCUGGUUUACGUCUGGUUGACAAGUGGGCGGUAGUGAUUGGUGGGGGACAGAACCACAGAAUGGGCUUGUUUGAUAUGGUGAUGAUAAAAGAUAACCAUAUUUCGGUAUCAGGAGGAGUAGCAAAGGCCCUCAAAUGUGUGGACCAGUAUUUGGAGCAAAGGAAUCUUCAAAUGGGGGUUGAGGUUGAGACAAGGACGCUGGAGGAAGUGAAGGAGGUAUUGGAUUAUUCAUCUCAAACAAAAACCUUGUUAACCCGUAUAAUGUUAGACAAUAUGGUUGUCCCCCUGUCAGAUGGGGAUGUGGAUGUAUCUAUGCUAAAAGAAGCUGUUGAGUUGAUAAAUGGAAGAUUUGAGACCGAGGCGUCAGGCAAUGUCACUCUAGAUACAGUGCAGAAAAUUGGACAAAGUGGAGUAACCUACAUUUCCAGUGGUGCAUUGACACAUUCUAUAAAGGCACUCGAUAUCUCCCUCAAAAUCGAUACAGAACUGGCCUUAGAAGUUGGAAGACGUACAAAGCGGGCAUGAGCAUCUGUUUUUCUCCUCUGAUCUCUUGUUUUUUUCUUCUCAAAAUGGCAUCUUAGAUUGAAGCUCCCAAUCAAGUAUUUUGGGUAAUCUAUGAUGCAGGUGUAAUAAUAAAAGAACUUAUCUUAGUUUUCCUCUUUUUUGUGCAGCCAAAAUUCUAACUGCCUGUUUGAGCUUGUAUAUUCCAGAAUAAGAGUCCAAACAUUUCUCACACCCUUCCAGGGGUUAGUCCACGAGUGAGUUGGAGGGAGUUUAAUGUAUUUUGAA